UCGUUCCAUACCUUCCACUAUUCCGUAUUUUAUCGAAUAACAUGUGAGCAGUCGAUCAAACACCAUAUACAAUGAACAAGAAUGAAAUUCCAGGUUUCGGCGUUCGUCACACCCAAGUGCUCCUGAUGUUUUCUUGGAAUGUACUCUACACUUCAAUGGUCAAUGGUUUCCCAAUGUGCCUUGUUGCAAUGACAAAUGCAGCUACUAGUCCAAAUCCUCGUAUACCAACAUUUUCAGAUUGGCAAGACAGCAGUAUAAUAUUAUCCGCAUAUUUUUGGGGGUUUGUUACCACCCAACUUUUCGGAGGGUACAAUGGACGAAGGUAUGGGGUGAAGUGGUUCAUGGUUACAUCUAUGCUGAUCACAUCUAUCAUUUGUUUCGUUAUUCCAUCCGUUGUGGUCAAUUUUGGGUCGAUUGGGCUCAUUUUGGGAGUAAUGAUAGCUGGUUUGGCCCAAGGAUUCAGCUACACUAUGCUUCCGGUUUUCAUUAGUUCUUGGGUACCAUUCAAGGAGAAAACUACUUUAGGAAACGCAAUAUAUGCAGGUUACGGUGUAGGCUGUGUCCUUGGUAUAAACGUAGCCACUAGAUGCUCCAUAUCUUGGUAUGGAUGGCCACUGUCAUUUUACAUAUCUGGAACGAUGCAAUUGUUCUGGAGCUGUUUCAUGACUAUAUUUGGAGAGAAUGAACCAGAGCAUCAUAAAUCAAUAUCGGAUGCCGAAGUCCGAUAUAUAUUAGAGGGCAAGAAUUUUCAGAAACGGCUAGCCGUUCCAUGGAGAACCAUAUUCAACUCGAGAGAGGUUUGGUCGCUUUGGAUUGCACAUGGUGGAGCAGUUAUAAUAACAUGGUUGAGUGCAGCAGAGUUUCCAGUUUAUCUCAGUGAUGUUUUUGAAUUCAAUUUGGAACAGGUUUGCAACAUCAUGACCAUGUCAUUCCUUCUUAUUGGUGUUCUCAGCAUAGGAGUUAGUGUUGUUGUUGAAUAUUUCAUCAAUGUUUGGCAAAUUCCAACUGGUUCUUUGAGAAAAGUUUGCAAUUCAAUCGCUUCUUUUGGUUCAUCGUUUAUGUUAAUUUGCAUGGCCAAUCUAACGAAUUUGGACAGAGUAAAAGUGGUUUUCUUCACAUUGAGCAUAUUCUGUUUCAACGCAGCAUCAUUCUCUGGCUAUCUGUUGAAUUACAACGAUAUUAGUCCGAAUUUCUGUGGCGUGAUUUUUGGUUUGGGAGGAAUGGUAUCGAGUAUCAUGAACAUAGCCAACCCAAUUCUGAUAUCCAUUUAUGUUAGAGACCAGUCCGAUCCUAGAGAAUGGGCUUUGAUUUUCUGGUCCUCAGCAGUUGUGAUGAUUGUAUCGAAUAUCAUUUUCCUCAUGUUCGGAUCUGGAGAGAAACAAAAGUGGGACGAUUGCCCCGAGGAAAAAAGAUAAACUGAUGUUGAGAAAAUCCUUGAGUUAUAACGUAGAAUCAACAUUAAAGAUACGAAGACAAAAAAUAAUGACACACCGGC